GCAGCGGUACGAAUGGGCAGAUAACUGUGCUUCCUCAAAGUCUGAACAAAACAUGCGUUUUAGCUCCUUUACUUAGAUUAUGAUCCAAUAAAAGUGUUUGAAAUUAACCACCAAAUACUUGUUAACUUAAAAAACAAGAAUGGAUCAGCCGGUGCCCAGAAAUAAACUGAAGAAGCUCAGUGAAGACAGUCUAACCAAGCAGCCAGAGGAAGUGUUUGAUGUUCUCGAAAAGCUUGGAGAAGGAUCAUAUGGCAGUGUUUUCAAAGCCAUUCACAAGGAAUCAGGGCAAGUGGUGGCCAUCAAACAGGUUCCUGUAGAAUCAGAUCUGCAGGAGAUCAUCAAAGAGAUCUCCAUUAUGCAGCAAUGCGACAGUCCAUAUGUAGUGAAGUACUAUGGCAGCUAUUUCAAGAACACAGACCUCUGGAUUGUGAUGGAAUAUUGUGGUGCUGGAUCAGUGUCUGAUAUUAUCAGACUGCGCAACAAAACGCUCACUGAGGAUGAGAUUGCCACAGUCCUCAAAUCCACCUUGAAAGGACUAGAGUAUCUCCAUUUCAUGAGGAAAAUCCACAGGGACAUCAAAGCUGGGAAUAUUCUCCUCACCACAGAGGGCCAUGCAAAACUAGCAGAUUUUGGAGUGGCUGGACAACUCACCGACACAAUGGCCAAGAGAAAUACAGUUAUUGGAACACCCUUCUGGAUGGCCCCCGAAGUGAUCCAAGAGAUUGGUUACAACUGUGUGGCAGAUAUAUGGUCUCUUGGCAUCUCAUCCAUAGAAAUGGCUGAAGGAAAGCCUCCUUAUGCAGACAUUCAUCCAAUGAGGGCUAUUUUUAUGAUCCCAACAAACCCUCCACCCACUUUCCGGAAACCAGAGCUAUGGAGUGAUGACUUCACAGAUUUUGUGAAGAAAUGUCUGGUGAAGAACCCUGAGCAGAGAGCCACAGCCACUCAUCUGCUGCAGCACCCCUUUAUAACCAGUGCUAAGCCGGUCAGCAUUCUACGGGACUUGAUCACAGAGUCCAUGGAGAUGAAGGCAAAGAGACAACAGGAGCAGCAGAGAGAGGAGGAUGAGGAUGAGAACUCUGAUGAGGACGUAGAAGUGGAUUCCCACACCAUGGUGAAGUCUGGCUCGGAGAGUGCUGGCACGAUGCGAGCCACAGGCACCAUGAGCGAUGGGGCUCAGACCAUGAUUGAGCAUGGCAGCACCAUGCUGGAGUCCGACCUGGGUACCAUGGUUAUCAACAGCAAAGAUGAAGAAGUAGUGGUGGAUGCUGGCUCGAUGAGGAGAAAUCCUACAGUUCAGCAAGCUCUGCGUCCAUCCUUCAUGGACUACUUCGACAAACAGGACUCGAACAAAGCACAAGAGAGUUACAACCACAACCAGCAGGACCCUUAUUUCAUUUCCAAGACCGCUUUCCCAGACAAUUGGAAAGUGCCUCAAGACGGAGACUUUGAUUUUCUGAAAAACCUAGAUUUUGAAGAGCUGCAGAUGCGUCUCACUGCUCUGGAUCCCAUGAUGGAGCGUGAGAUUGAAGAACUGCGGCAACGCUAUACGGCAAAGAGGCAACCCAUUCUCGAUGCCAUGGAUGCAAAGAAGCGCCGGCAGCAGAACUUCUAACUGAAUUGUCAGAUCAAAGCUGGCUGGCCAGAUCUUAUGUCUCCUCUUGUAUUAAAUCUUUGUACUGAUGCUUAUUCUACACACCUGCUGUUUGUACAUUUGAAGAAGGUCUCAGUGGGUGUAAGAAACUUGACAGAAAGUCACAUGAUCAUACUAAAUCACUAAUUUUUCCAUAGAGUUCAGAAAUCGCAUUCAAGAUAUUAGCUGUUCAUUUUAAAACAAGCUGAAUUAUUCUUAAUCAAUCUCAUUCUUUCUCCAUUGUUAUGAAGUAAUGCUUUCCAAAAAGAAAUGAUUUAGCCAUUUCUACAUCUUCAGUUAAUACUUCCUCAAUGCUGUAAAAGAAACCAAGCUGAAUCGAUCAGGGCUAGUUGUGAAAAUAACUGUGAAAAUUUGAGUUCUUUUGGUGUAAUGCAUAGAAACAGCUGGCUGGACUGCUACAAAGUCAUUUUUAGGUGUGAAUGGAUUACUAAACCAAAGACAAUCAUAUGUAGAGAAUGCCUUAGUGAGCGUGUUAACCCUCUUUUAAAAGUUUGCUUUGCUUUACAUCAAACUAAAGUUUAAGAUUCUGUUAUUGUGGGACCAUGUACAGUAGAGAUUAACAUUGAAGGGAUCUGCUCAGCCUUGAGUCUUAAAGGGUAUCUUUACUGGUAAACAUUUAGAGAAAGAAAAUGAUUUGAGUUAAUGCAGCUGUGCUUCCAAUCCCAUCAAAACUCCCUUCAACACAAAGAUAGGCUUCAAAUAUCUGCCCACAGCUUUGUAAAAAUGCAUGACUUAUUUAAGCUGAAUGUCACUUUCUCGGUUUGUGAAUGUUUCUGUGUGAUGUCUUCUACCCCCUUAUGUUCUCUUCACCACCACUAGGUCCUUAAAAAGUGUGGUCAGUAUUUGUAUGAGGAAGUGGAUUAAUUUUCCUGUGCACCAUUCAAAAGUUCUCACUUUAUCUCAGGGUUUGCUUGGCUAUGAACUCUCUCUUGGUCUCUUUUUUAUUUUGCAGUCCAAUUAUUUUUUUUUCUUUUGUAUAUGUAUAUAUUUUUUAUUAUGGUAAUGGUACCAUUGUUGAUGUUUAGUCCAUCCAUACCUACCAAAAGCAAUACAGCAACUAAAGGAUGCAGUAAUGUAAUAAUACCAGUGUAGUAAAUGGCCUCAAAAAAGUAGUUUGAGGAGUUUUAAAUUGGCCUUAAACAACUCUAAAGCUUCUCAACAAUGUUCUUGACCUGAUUGUUGACUAAUGGUGUCUAUAAAUCAGAGUUGAUUUUAAGUAUAGUCUGUUAAUGUUUGCAUUGUUUUUGUAUAAGAGUUUGUUCAUGAGAUGGUUAAAACUUGCCAUACGUGGUUAAAAAUGCCUUAUGUUUCCUCUGGUUGAGUUGUAUUCCAUACUCUGACAUUCAUAUUGGUCACUAAUUUAUUGUGCAUUCUUUUUUCUUUAUUUUUUUUGCACUAUGCAGUUUGUUUUUGAAUAAAGGUCUGUUACUUGUCUCCUUA